AUGGCAACUUUGCUUGCCACGGGUCACUCCCACGGCUCAGGGCCGCCGCCCGCCACCACCGACAGCCUAGGGGGAAACCGGGGAGCGCGCCUCCCGCCAGCGCCGGUGCUGCCACGCCCACCACGCCCGUCCCGCCGGGCGCCCGCCUCUCGCCGCCACACGGCCUGUGAUUGGCUGGUGGAGCUGCCCAUCUCUAGAGGCGAGCGCGUCGUUCUCCGAGCAGCGCUUCUAUUGGUCACGGCGGCGGCAGCAGCGCGCGGACCCGAAGAGGCGGGGAAAGCCGGUGGCCGCGGUGGCGGAACGGGCGGAGGUUGCCGGUUUCGUAACCGUCGCUCCUCCUCGCCGACUCGCGGGCUGCGAGGCCUGGGUCGGGUCGGGCCGCGCCGCGCGGGGCCGCUCGGAGUGGAGGCCGUCUGGGGGCGGGCGGGCCUGCCGGAGGCGCAGGUACAUGUGAAGAUUUUUUGGCAGUUGAUUGUGGCGUCCUCGGAUCACAUUGCUCUGAUUUCUACCUGUUCUGUGUUGGCAAAGGAACGAGCCCAAAUGAGCAAGCUGUCGCAGCCAGCCACUACUCCAGGAGUGAAUGGAAUAAGUGUUAUCCAUACUCAGGCACAUGCCAGCGGCUUACAGCAGGUUCCUCAGCUGGUGCCCGCUGGGCCUGGGGGAGGGGGCAAGGCUGUGCCUCCAAGCAAGCAAAGCAAAAAGAGCUCACCCAUGGAUCGGAAUAGUGACGAAUACCGCCAGCGCAGAGAGCGGAACAAUAUGGCGGUGAAAAAAAGCCGGUUAAAAAGCAAGCAGAAAGCUCAAGAUACACUGCAAAGAGUAAACCAGCUCAAAGAAGAGAAUGAACGGUUGGAAGCCAAAAUUAAGUUGCUGACAAAGGAAUUAAGUGUACUGAAAGAUUUGUUUCUUGAGCAUGCGCACAGCCUCGCAGACAACGUGCAGCCCAUCAGCACGGAAACUACAGCGACAAAUUCUGAUAACCCAGGGCAGUAGAUCUCCUUCCAGGCCCAGGGCUUUGUGACUUGAACAUGAGAGGUGUGCCCACCCUGCACCCCUUGCUUCCAUGGCUGAACUCGGUCUCCUUCCAUUGGAGGUGGUUUUCUAGGCUCAGCACUGAACAGCUGAUUAGCCAUGUAAUUUAUCUGGUCUUAAAUGAUAAUGGAUUUUUGAAGCACUAAAAAGACUUAGGGUUUAUCGUUAAAACAAAAUUCCUGGACUUUAAUAUUCUUAAUAAAUCCUCACUUCCCCAGAAAUGGCUCUUUUGUAGGAAUGGGACAAUGGAAGGUCAUGUAAAAGAUACUGGGUUCUAAUGAGAGAAUACCUGGGAUUAAGAAAAGCUGAAUUCCAUCUGGGUUCCUCAGUUUGUGAUUUUAUUCUAAAUUGUGUAUGGUAAAUUCUAGGGCUACAAAAACCAAUCAUAAUAAUUUGGCCCCAUUUUACAGAUGUAUAAACCUGUGUUAGCAUAGCCAGCAUUGUUUUUUCCAACAUACACAUUUUUUAAAAUGACUUUAGGUGAAGUAAAGAAAUUCUAUCUAUCAGGUCAUGUCGAAGAGGUGGUUAAAAAUACAAAUUGUGUUUAGGAAGGAAAGAGGUUUCGUGCUUUUUUUUUUUUCCUCCCCUUUUGUUUAUUUUAAAGGGCACAGUGUGCGGUUGAACUUUGAGGGCCUUCUGCUUAUUGGAUAAGUCUGAUCCCUGUCCUAAAGAACAGGGUCUGCUGUGCCCUGCCUGACAUUUUAGUUUCUGUGGACGCAAGCAAAGGUUUGGGGGAGGAACCAUUUUUUGUCAGCCAAGUUAGUAAAUAAAAUGCCCUGGCUCGAUGGUACAGACCAUGACUUAGAGUACUACUAAUUCAUUUGGUUUCUCCUGUGUCUGUUCAGAAUAACUGCCAAUGGGGCCAUGAUUUUUAAAGGUAGAGUGUUUGUGUGUGUGUGUGCUUGCGUGAAGAGGCACCUUUUGGUGUUUGAUCUCAACUGAACAAUUAUUAGAAAAAUGAAUCAACUUCAUGCCAUCUCUCAAAAGACUAGUCAAAGAAAACUUGAAAGUAUGAGGUUUGAAUCUUUAAUUUAUUUCCUAAAUCAUUUUAUUUUUAUUUCUUUGAGGAAUCUUUUUCUAGUUAAGUGGGCUAUUCUUCCAGACUUCAUGUGUUAUUGCUUCCAUUAGUAUGCUUUUGUGUUCUGUAUAACUUAUUUUGGAGAGAAAAUGCUGAUAAAACUCAGGAUAUUGACUCUUGUGAAACCGAAAAGCUGGGUGCCUGUAGGGUGUGCUCUUAUCAGUGUUGUAUUUAGAUCGUCUUCUUGGUAACUCAUGGUUUGUGCACAGUUCCAAUGUCAGUUUGUUAGUUCCCGAGAUGGUAGCUAAACAUGGGUCUUGCGUGAUCAAAGUUUGGGUUGCUGGGAAUCUUGUUUGAAUGUGGUCAUUUCUGGCCCUGAGUUCUACUAGGACUUGGUAACCCCAGUGUCGCUCAGGUUGUUCCCUAGUAUGGCAGGAAGUUGCUGACUGUUUGGACAGAAGCUGUCAGGGUCCUGGAGCUCAGCGGAGUUGAAGACAGGAGCCGACAUUGUGCUUUGGGAGCCAAGAAAUGAGUGGAGUUUUAAAAAUUAGGGCUCAGCACCGUUUUACCUGGGUUGGAAUACCAUCUACUCCUAAAGAUUGAGAGGUGGUUUGGAUAACUAACAAGGACUCACCCAUAUAAUCCUAAUCUUCAUCAGUGGAUUGAUCAUUAUGUAAUGAAUUUAAUUGGUGACGCAGUUAGGUCCCACGUAUGCACCUAUGAGGAUAGGCAGACUUCCGGAAACCCUUACUUCUAAACACCAGCUUUCACAAAUGGAUUUUCUUGUGGAAUUUGUGGUUACCAGUGCUAGGACUUUAAAAAGCUGUAGGGAAGUCAGUGCUCAAUGUAUCAAAUCAGAACAUACAAAUGAGGUCCAGCUUUGUUCUUACCUAUGUAAAUGAGAUUGUUAGCACAAGCAAGUAGUUCCAUAUUGAACACAAAUGUUUGGACUCAAUGUUCUUACGCUUGAUAGAUUUCUCUGUAAAAUUGGGGGAAACUAGGUUUGGGACUGGGUAAACUUAAGGCUUUGGAGACUGUAGAGUGACUUUUGAAAGUCUUGUUACUGGGGAGCCUUUAGAGUUUGAUCUGCCUUGUGGACAGGUUGGUGGCUUAGGAGUCAAACUGUAGUGUGGAUUAGCCAUGUCUCUGUCUCCUGGGAUGGCUGCCCUUUGACAGCAGUUCUGGGCAUAGAGGGGGAAUCAGAGCCACCCUCUCUGUCUAGCCCUUUGGGUCACAGGUGACUUUGGGAUCUCAGUAAGGAUUUAACUAAAAUAUGACUGGGUGUUUGAAAUUGGGUCAUGAGGUCAUUCAGUUCUUUUACGGUUCUCAAUUUAUGAAUCUAGAAACAUGUACAGUUUGAUAAGAAAGGGAUGCAGCUGCUUUUGAUGUUUCUUAACCCUCUCACCCCUUUCCAGGGAAGCUUCGUGCCUGGACAACCCAUGGAGCUUGUAGAGUGCUCCUGAUGCCUUAGAAAUAGGAAAAGACGCCUGUUUGUGUGACAGGCUGGGGAAGAUUCCAUUCCACAGCUAAUCAGAUCUGCCUCAGGAAAAAUACUAACUUGUUCUAUUUGUUCCUGGCCUUCAGUUUGUGAGAUUACUCUAUUUUUUAAAAUAUAAUUUUAUUUCUUUCAACAAAUUUAAAAAUAAAAAACACCUUUUGGAACAACGACUUUUUCUUUGUGGGUUUCUUUACCUUGGACAUGAGCAAGAAGUUCACUUGCAAUUGGCCCCAAAGAGCCUGCAAGGUGCCUCUUGCUGUUGUCCAGGGCUGGAGUGCAUGGACAGCGGGGUGCUUUGUGCAAGUUUGGAUUUCCCUGAGCGGACAGGGAAGGAGUUUUCUCUAAACUUGGAAUGCAGCUUCAAUUGAUUGUAGUUGUUUGGUCUAACUUAAAGCUGCAUCCCAGUGUAGGGUUGCCUGUGUCCUGGUGGGUCCUAAGCCUAUGGUUUCCAUUUGAGGUGUAUCCCUAACACUAUAUUUUAGAGUAUGAACACCAUCUUGACUUACACAGGGUAUAUGCCUGGACAUGGAAGUGCACUGGCUGAUUUCAGAAGUAUAUCAAGACUCUAAGAAACAGUCAGAAUUGUGUGUUGGGGGUGGGGCAAGAAGAGGCCAUUUAGAUGCUUUGCUCUGGUCCUUUUAUUCUUUUUGUGUUUAGGGAAAUAAGUUUCUAAUUGUUGUGUGGUUGUGAAAAUUGUGUGGCUGAGUAUGGUGGUGUACACCUGUAGCCCUAGCAUUACAGAGAUGAAGGUUGAGUUUAAGGCCAGCUUGAGUACCAUUGAGACCCUGUCUUAAAAAUGAAAAAAAGAAAGUAAUUUCUAUGGGUGGGACAGAACAGAAUUCCUUUGAAUUUGUUGUAAUUUUUUUUGUUUGCUUUUCAGUUUUAGUGAGAUGGUCUUGUAGCCAGUGCUGGCCUUCAACUUGAUAUUCAGCCAAGUAUGACCUUGAACUUCUGGCCUUUCUGCCUCCACCUCUCAAGUGCUAGGAUCACAGGUAUGUACCACUACAUCUGCUUGUAUAUGAAUGGCACUGGGUCUUGAACCUGGGGCUUUGUGUGUGCUAAGUGAGCUCUAUCAACAGAGCUGUAUCCCCUGCUCUAGUUAGUUUAUUCCUAGUAACUUGUAUUAGGAAAGUUUAUACUUUGUGA